AUGACUGGACGCGGUAAAGGAGGAAAAGGUCUUGGCAAAGGAGGCGCAAAAAGACAUCGUAAAGUGUUGCGUGAUAACAUCCAAGGGAUAACGAAACCAGCUAUUCGUCGUUUAGCACGUCGUGGUGGUGUGAAACGUAUAUCCGGUCUCAUUUACGAAGAAACUCGCGGAGUGUUGAAAGUGUUUUUGGAGAACGUAAUCCGUGAUGCCGUCACCUACACCGAACACGCCAAGAGGAAGACUGUGACUGCUAUGGACGUAGUGUACGCCCUAAAGCGUCAAGGCCGUACACUUUACGGUUUCGGAGGUUAA